AAUUUUAACAUCAGCAUUCAGUACACCGAGAUAUUCCAGUCAACAAGCAAAGUUAGCUCUGUUUACUAAAUACACCAACAAUAAAAUUCUUAUCAUCUGAAAGACAUUUGCUAUACACAGAAAGCAAAAUGAUUCACAAAAGAGUGUUUAUUCUUUUCGCCUUAAUUGCUGCAACACACUCAUAUGUGCUUAACGACAAACAAGACUUUCAACCACAACUAGCUGAUGAAAGAGACUAUUUUGUCAACAUAUUCAAUGAAAAUCAACCGCAAGCCACUUAUGUUGAAGAAGAUGAACAACCUAAUCUGGACGAAGAGGUAUUCGAUUCACAUCCGAGACAAAAGCGCCAAGAUCGUGGCUCAGUGUCAACUACAGUCGAACGUAAUCGCCAAGCUGGAACAAAUGUAAAUGUUGAGGCACAGGCCCGAUUAUGGCAAAGUCAAAAUCGCCAGUCAACACUCGAUGCUAAUGCAAAUUAUCAACGGAAUUUCGGUGGACAGUUUGGAACAGGAAGACCAAAUUAUGGUGCUGGACUAACUUUCAGACAUCGAUUUUAAGUGUGAAAAUGCUUUUUGUUUGAGAACUUGUAUGAUAGAAGAGAGAAAAUUAAAUUAUGUUUUUUGGAAUU